UGUCACAAUUAUAAACAAUUCAACGUGUUCUAGUGAAAAAGACUUGCAAAUUAAAUUAGGAAUUUAAUAGUGAAUAACUUGUUAAUUUCACAGCAAAAUGAGUGAUUCAGAAGAAGAUUAUUCUCUGGAAGAAAUGUCAAAUGAAUCCGGAGAUGUUGAAAUGCGUGAGACAUCAAAUGGAGCCUCUGAAGCUACCGCAGAAUCGAAUGCCGAAGAGUCCUCCAAUUCCCCAAUUCCUGGACAUUCGAAGGAUAAUCAACCAGGCAAAGCCUUUCCACCCAGAUGUGCGCUACACAUGCAUCAUAUCAUGCUGCACUACAUUGUGAUGAAGAUUAAGGCGAAGAAGGCAUACAAGGAGAUCCAAGGAAUAUAUGGGACUAAACCAAUGUCAAAGAGACACUUCUACCGUUUGUACGAAAAGUACAAACCACUUUAUAUGGAGAAAAAGAAGAGGAAGGAUUGUGUCUGCUGUGAGAUCAUACCGAAGAAACGACCCCCAUCCAAUCCGGAGAGAAUUUUGGAAUUCUACCGCUCCCAUCCGGGAAUGCCCGUAAGAGAGAUGGCUGAGAAACUUGGUAUAAGCACAGAUAUUAUAUACAGGCGCAUUCGCAUGGCAGACGGCGUCAAGAGGGAGCAAAAGAAAAGGGUGCAAAAGAAGAACAAAACAAAGAAUCCUGAGAACACAAAUGGUACCAAUGGAACCUCAAAUGAAACGACGCAGGCGGACGUCGAGGGCGUCGAAUGAUUGAGAUCAUAAAAUUCCUGGCUGUUAAAAGAGAUUUAAAGUGUCUAAAACAAAAGGAAUAAUUUAACUGAAUUCUUUAGCAAGUAUUUGAAUUUUUGUAAGACAAAUCUUAAAAAAAAAGGUUGUGAAAUUAA